AGGAUCUGUCACUUGAAGGUGUUAGUGAAUACACGUUUUUUGUUGGAAUCUUUAUUAUUUAGUGUUAUAUUGUGUUGAGAAUCCUUAUAUUUAUUUCAUUUUGUCCUGUGUUUGUCCUAUUUUCUUAGUGGUGUGUGAGAACUCAACUGAACGAUCAUUACUGAAAAAUGUCAUAAUAUAAAAUUCACGGAGUCUUCUCUAACCCUGACAUUGGCAGAAAAUCACCGUUGCUUCUACGGUGGAAGCCAUAUUUUAAAAAAGAAGAAGAAGAAGAUGAUUAAUAAUUUUUCUUUAUUUAACUUAUUAAUUUAAAACCUUGACACAGUUAUUGUGAUAAAGUGAAUACUAAAUACAAUAAGAAAUAAAUAUUUACCAUGGAAAAUUUGAAAAACAUAUGGAAACCAGAAUUGUAUCGAAUUCAAUUGGAAGCUCCUUUACCGAAAAGGAUAAUAUGCGAAAAUUGUCCUGACAGGCCAGAGUUCUAUGGGAAAGAAUAUCACGGAAUUGUAGGUCACAAAGAGGCUACUUUAAUUUUAGAAAAUGAGCCCAAUGGUGCAUAUCUUAUUAGGAAAGGAAAUCAAUUAAAUGAUUUUUAUACACUCACAUGGAGGUUCAAUAACAAAAUCCACCAUUAUAAACUGUAUUAUGAUGGGACAUAUUACAUAAAGGAUAAGCGAUAUGAGACCGUCCAUGAUCUAGUUGCCGACGGUCUCAUCACUUGUCACAUGGAGCUGAAGGCCCACCAUAUCUUGGAGAUGAUCAAUUCGGAACAGCAUCGAGCUAAAUAUACUGACAGUCCUUAUGUCACACUCAAUAAGCGAAAAUUGAACACAUUGUCACAAAUGAAACAAAACUCAAACAAAUCAAGUCCUGUAACAAUUAAGACUGAACACCAGAAUCUAGGAUUGGACAUAGAACCUAAGAAACCAACAUUUGAUCUUACACCAACUCUAGAAGAUAAUCCACUGUUAAUAAAAUACUCUAAAUGUCAUAGUUUUAAAGUACAUACAUUUAAGGGAUUGAAUUGGUGUGAACUUUGUGCCAAUUUCUUAUGGGGAUUUACUGCACAGGGUGUAAAAUGUGAAGAUUGCGGUUUUAUAGCACAUUCCAAAUGUUCGGAGCGAGUGCCUAAUCAUUGCGUUCCUGAUUUAAAAAAACUUCGAGGAGUAUUUGGCAUAGAUCUUACAACAUUAUUAAAUGCUCACGCCAGCAUGCUUCCGUUUGUCGUGAGGAAGUGCGUACUCGAGAUAGAGGCCAGGGGAAUGGACUCUGAGGGUAUAUAUCGGGUGUCGGGAUUUGCAGACGAGAUUGAAGCCUUGAAGAUGGCAUUUGAUAAAGAUGGCGAAGCAACAGAUCUCAGUGUGUACAGCAAUAUAAACGUGGUAGCUGGAACACUCAAAUUAUAUUUGCGAUUGCUGCCGGUCCCCCUGAUUACUUUCGAAGUGCAUCCGAAGUUGGUGGAGGCAAUACAAUUAAAAACGACCGCUGCACAAAUAGCGAUGUUGCGAGAAUGCUUAGACAUGUUACCGCCAGCCCAUUUCAAUUGCCUUCAGUAUAUGGUACAACAUUUAUAUAGGGUCGCUCAACAAUCAGAAGUGAAUAAGAUGAGCCCUCACAAUCUGAGCACCGUGUUCGCGCCAACUCUCGUCGCAACCCCUCCAGCUAUUACAGACUUGGCCUUCGAAAUCCGCGCAUUGCAAGCACUCAUAGAGUACUGUCCACAAAUCUACUAUGGUAAUAAGUAAGAUUUUACAGUUCUCGGCAAUUUUGAAUAAAACCAUAGACAAUGAAGUCUGUGCAAAAAACGCUUUUGCAUGUAAAAUUGUUACUGCGCAAUUGACGCAGUACAAAAGUUGUUUAAUCUGUAAUACUUAAUAGUCUGAGCGAGAGCCGUAAAUCAGAAUCAUAUUUCGCUCUUUCAUUCUACUAUGUGUAAUAUAUGGGAUAUUACAAACAUGGGACAUAUUCUAUAAGAUAUUCGGAAAAUUUUAACUUUUUUUAUUCAUAAUAGUAUGAAUAUAAAAGACCAGAUAAAUGAGAUAAAUUUUAUUUGAUCAUUUGAACUAAACUAAGACAUGAUCUCGAACUAGAACAAAAUUUAAAAACAAAAUUAUAAUAUUUUUGGUCUGGUUGUCCUGAAAAUAACUCAAAUAAUUAUAAAUAUAUCCACAUUAUCAAUUAUUUAUCCUGUUUUUUUAUCAGAAUUUUCUGAUUAUAUGAUUAUAAGUAUAUAUACAUACAAGUACGAUCGAUAUCACGUUUUCAGGUACAAUUUCACCAUACAUACUAGUUGCUUAUUGUUUUUAAUAUAAUAACAUUAUUAAGUAUUCACAUUAGGUUUCUUGGAAGGAAUAUCUUGAGACAAGCUUUAUUAAGCUAGGUUUUUCCGAGUCCGAAUACGGUCUAGUAACAAUUUUUACGCAAAAAACAAUAGGGCCAUUUCUGAGGUGUUAUUUCUCUAAUCUCUUAACCUUACAUUUUAAUUUAACAUUAUAUAAAAUUACUGUUUUAUAGGUCAUCAUACAUAGAUAGAUAGAUACUCUUUAUUGUUUUUUCUGUAAGAUUACAUCAGUAAACUUAUUAUAACUACAAACAAUUACAAGAAAAUAUUGCACUGAGAAAAGAAUGGGCGGCAUUAUCGCUAAGAGAAAUGUCUUCCAGGCAACCUUUGGAAAAAGAAAAGUAAUUAUAAAUCAAAAUUACAAAAUAUUGACUUAAAUUUAUUUGGAAUAGAGUUCAUAUUGAUUCUUAUAUGUAAUAAAGAUUUUGUUAUGAUAUCAAAUUAAAAUUUAUCGAUAGAGAACCGUAACCGACAUUAGUAAAUCUAGCCUUGGAAAUGGCACAAUUUUAUACUUUAGAUCUUUGAACUAAUUGGACUUAAAAACCUUUUAAAGGUGCUAUUACAUAACGUUUACACCAAAAUUCGUAGAUAAGUUCCUAAUUUUAUAUUUUAUUUUAAGAACUAAAUAUGACUGAUUUUAUAUUUGCAUUUUUAUUCAGUUUAUUAAUAAUUAGAUUUUUAUUUACAUCUAUUCUUAUAUUAGUUAAUUUUAAUAAGUUAUUGUGAAUCGACUGUGGUAAUUUUUUUACACUGACUGGAAUACACAUAACUUAUUUCUUUGUUUCACGCUGAAACUAAAACACGAUUAAUUCAAUCUUGAUUCAUCUCAGUAAAUGAUAGAUAAUGGUAGAUUUGAAAGUAUAAUGUAAGAUUUUUCGGGCUGUCUGAAAUGAAUAUUCCACUGGACAUAUAAUAAUUCCAUAGGUGUCAUAUUCCACAAAUAAAUAUAGAUCGGUAGGUUUAAAAUUAAUCAUUCCUGGGAUUAAUCAAGAUCCAUAACAAAAUUGUUCAUACAGAUGUUAUAUCUUUAAAAAUCUGUUUAACAUAUAAGUAAACUUAAUCUCAACCAUUGUCUUAUAUCGAUUUAUUAAGGUUAGUAUAUAUAUAUUUUUUAAAAGUGUAAGUUAGAAUAAUAAAAUCUCACAAAAUGUAUAAUAUUAUUUUACACAAUACUUUUUAGAACAUAAAAAUAUCAAUUUGUGAUAUUGUAAUUAAUUUGAUCUUUCAAAAAGAUUCUGUAAACCAUUCCAGGUUGUAUUCUUAAGUAUAUUUUAUUUAUUACAAAAUUUAUUAGUGCUUUCUGUUAAUUUAAGAAUAAGAUAUUUUAUACUUUUGUAUCAAAUCAAAGAACAUAUUAUUUUGAAAAAUACAUAUAAUCAAAUUUACAACUAUCA